AUGCGGAGCCCACUCGGCAAGCCAGCUCCAGAUCAUCAUGUUAUUGUCUCCAAUAAGGAUAAAUAUCAACCGCCUCUGCACCCCAAUAUCUGGAUUUGCUUGUCAUCCCAACACAACAGGCUGGGCUCCUCCCAAGCCUUGGCUCACUCCCACCUCGCCCACAUCCUCGUCAACGGCGUGCUCUACAACGGCUUCGACCCCCGCCCCAACAUCGCCAACUUCCCCAACCGGGUAGGCUGGUCCUCCUCCAACGCCGACGACGGCUACGUCGGCCCGGCAGAGUACGCCUCGGCCGAGAUCAUCUGCCACAAGUCCGGCGCUCCCCCCUCGGCCCACGCCCCCGUUCGGGCGGGGGAAAAGGUUCACAUCCAGUGGAACGGCUGGCCGAUCGGCCACGUCGGCCCGGUGCUGGCUUACAUCGCCCCCUGCCUCAACACGCUGACGGACAAACCUCCGCUGACCAAGCUCGACGACUCCGACCCUGUCCUCGUGCCGGGAGAGCCGGGGACAUGGGGAAGUCCGGCGGGGAAGUGGGCGACGGACGUGAUGAUCGCGAGGAAUAACUCGUGGCAGGUGGAGAUCCCGCGUGGGUUGAAGCCGGGACCCUAUGUCCUCCGUCACGAGAUCAUCGCGCUUCACUUCGCCAAGGACAAGGGAGGCGCGCAGAAUUACCCGUUUCGAUGCGAGGGGUUCUACAAGGAGACGGACGAGGGGAUUUUGAUUGAUGUGUCGACGAGCUUGACAGGGUAUGUGGUUCCUGGGCCGACGGUGGCGCCUCAGGCGAGGCCGGUGGGGCAUGAGCAGCAGCAGCAGAUGAUGAGCCGGGCGGAUGGGACGCCGGUUGUUGUGGUGAGGAGUACGGUUACGCAGAAGUGGACCGGUGGUGCUGUGAAGAGGACUGAGGCGCCGGUGGUGAAUAAGGGGAGGUAUUUUAGGUCGGGGGGUUGGGGGGUUCACUUUGUCAUGGUUGAUGGGGUGGGAAAGCGAUUGUAA